AUGCAGAGCGGAAAAGCAUCACUUCGCACGAGCCUCGUGGUUGCGGAUCGGACUGCGUCUCUGCGAAAGCCCUAUUUCGACUAUGGCCGCCGAGGUGGUACACCUACUUUUGGUACGACAUGGCGUGGUACCGCUAGUUUCGUCGAAAUUGGACCUUGUCGGUUGAGCACGCGCCUAUCCACGUUGUCUCUUCUGGAUAGGGAUCGGGAACGCUACUCGAGACUGCAAGGACGGAGUCAAUGCAUCUACAUUGGACCGUCCACCCACUCAUGUAUCAUGUAUCAAACAGUGUACCUCCAUGCAUAUCACAGCCGCCUUUCGGAAGGUAAAGCGAACUCCAACUGGCUCUCGAUGGAGGAAGAGAUGCAGGAUGAUGAUAAGGAGACGUGUCUGAUCAACGACCUACAGCUUAAGGAAAGGCUUCAACGACCGACUGUCGCCGACCAGAUUCUACUUCCCAUUGUCUUCCAGCUCAUGAACUUGAAUGACCAGCUUCAACAGAUGACACAGUCCAAGCUCGUAGAGAUCCUUGGUGACUGGGAUAAGCAGAGCAUUCCUCACGGACGCAAAUGGCUCACACCGCACCGCACAGCAGCGAACGGGCAUUCUGGUCUUCUGCCUUCCGUCGCUGGGAUCACGCUGAUUCUGUGCUUACUCGGUCGGUGA